AUGACUUCAACUAUGAAGACUCUACUUCUACCGCUCGGAAUCUUACUAUUAAUUGCGAUAGUAUAUCGUUCGUCGAGCAAUUCUGGAUACACUGAUGAUACAGAAAGAAACGCUGUGGAACUGCAGGUAAUCCGGCGUCGACGAACACUUAAGCCCUUUAUUGCAAGCAUACAUUGUUGCAAGUUAAAUCAGUACUAUGAUCAAGAGGAAGGACGUUGUCUGGGCGUGCCAGGAGGCGGCAAGGUGCUUCACGUUGAAAACAGACGAUCCUGUGGCCUCAACGUCUUGAAGCCGCAUUGCAAGAGCUCUCUAUAUUAUCACAUCUGCAAACGCGGUAAAUCAAUCCUAGCGCAGUGUGCGAGCGGGCAGAUCUUCGACAAUCGUCUCCAACGAUGUGUCUACUACGAUUCAAGCAAGCUAACUCCCAAUAUCAUCCCACCGGACAGCUACAUGUAUUUCGAUCGCGUUAGAGUGCCAAGCUGCACGAGAUCCGGCCGAUUUCCCGUGCUCGGCCACUGUUCUAUGUUUUACACGUGCGAAACGAACGGACAUCGAUUCCAUCAAAGCGUUUUAAAAUGUCCACAGAACACGGGAUAUCAAGUGGACAGAGGAGUCUGCAACAUUGUGCCGGACUGCCAGAACAAUAACUCGGUGGAUACAGUCUGUGUUCCGGAUGCGCCGGGCGAGAAUGUGGAAUCUCCAAGUGUCGAUGAAGCUGAAGAAAGAAAUGUGAAAGAAACUUCUGAAAUACUCGAUGAAAGUACAGCCAGCGCAGACGAUCCUAUUGUAGAAAAGAAGGAAAAUGUAAAUUCUAAAAUUUAUGAUGAUAUUAUUACUACCCCUGGAAGUAUAACAGGCACACUGUUAGAGAAUAAUGAUAAUGAUAGCAAUAUGGAUGUAUCAGGUUCAGUCAAAGAAGUUUUAGUUCCUGACGGUAGUAUUGACGAAGAGAUAAUGCACAGCCAAGUUCCGAAUCUGCCUGAACCUGUGCAAAAAACAUCUGACGAAGGACAAAACGAGGAGAAUGGAUCAUCGUCAUUAUUAGGAUUACGGAUCACGCCAUCAACGACAGAACUCAAUGAUGCACCGCAUUCUAUCACGACUUCUAUGACCUCAAUCAAACCGGAGUAUCGUGCAAAUGCUGACGUGGACAGUGAGACAACUGACACGGCACCGUUCUCUUCGGACAGUUACAUAUUAUCAAAAUUAAAUAAAGCAACACAGGAUGUAACUACAGAACAGUAUAAAAAUAUCAAAGACAGCACAAUGACGCUAUCAAAUUUCAACACCGAAGCAAUUGAUCCGACAUCAGCAAUAAAUGCACCAGAAUUCCCUCCAAUUAGCGAUGUAUCACCGAAUAUAGAUGAAAAAAUGCAAGAU